AUGCCUGGACAAACACCUCCAACCCCGAAACCAUCCACCACUAGAUCUCCCACAAAUGGUACCAAACCCAGACCGCGAGCAGGAAUUCUGCGCAAGACGAAAGCGGAACGCGAGCAAUUCGCCAAAGAGGAAGCUGAACGCCAAAGAGAGCGAGCGGCAGAAGAAGCCGGAAAUGCUUGUACAAGGGGCGCAAGAACGAGGGCGGGACGAGGAGGAAGGGAUGCUGCAGCAGGAGGUCAAAGAGAUGAAAGAGCCCGAGAGACACCGAUAGGAGCGGGUGGUGUUUUUGGUGCUGGAAGCGGCCUCAAACCUGGCACGAAAUCGAAAAAUGCUUUACCCGAAGGAUAUAGUGAGAUGCUGGAAGGCCAGCAAGGAGGCCAGCUGGACGAUUCCUCUCUGAGAGCCUUGGCCGCAGAGAACGCGGCAGCAGCGGCCGAAGAGGGACUAGGAGGGUCUUCCUCGAGUGGUAGAGCUGGCACAACAAAGAAACAGGAAAUAGUCGACAUUACUUCGGACGAUGAACCGAAUGAACCCAAGCGAGACAUUGAGAGGAUAUGGGUCUCAAGCGACGAAGAUGACGACGCUAUUAUGUCGAGAAAAGGAAGAGAAAGAGCUACACAACGUAUGCCCAAACCUGGGAUGGGUCUUAGGCCGGUUCGUGCCCCUCGCAUUGUGAAAGAGGAAGAUGCAGAACUGGACACAUCUCGCAAGAAAGCCCGAGCGUUUAAGAAAACCGAUUCGGAAAUUCAAGACCUUGAUGAAGACGACAUGGACCUCGACGAGCCGGUUUUCCUCAAGGAGCAACCAUCAACCUCUGAGAUACGUCGGCGGAGUCUCAAGAAACAGACAGACAAGUUCAGAGAAGUCAAAUUCCCGACAGAGACAAUUGAAGAGCGAGCGGAACGUCUCCGAGUUACGGAUGACAUGCUCAAGUUACGAGACCUGUUCACACGACCACAUUCGAGACGAGGCGCUACUGUCGACGAUGACCAGGAUAGUGGCAAACCGAAUCUCGAAGACGGUAAGAUGUUCCUCUUACAGCUGCCACCCCUGACACCUUUCCUCAUUGACCCAACCGCUAUGGUGGAAGAGCGUGAAGUCAAACAAGAAGGCACAGCCGAAGCCGAUACAGAUCUCCCUCCCUCCGCAGCUCAUACAGGACCAGCACCGCCCCCAGACGGUCAAGCCAAGAAAGACCCUGAUGUGCCGGCCCCUUCGAAACCUGCUCUCCAGCUCGACGGACUUCUUACAGCCUCUGAACCCACACGCCUCCCACCCGGCUUCGUCGGCAAACUGCGCGUGCAUAAAUCGGGCAAAGCCUCGCUCGAUUGGGGCGGCACGGAUAUGGAAGUCCGAUAUGGAUCCGAAGUCGACUUCUUGCAGGAUGUGGUCAUGGUAAAAUCUGGCUUGAAGCGAGAAGUGGAGAAUGGAGAUGCCGGUUCUGGAAGACCUGACUACGAAGAAGGAAAAGACGACGACGACGACGACGACGAUGAGAGUCUAGGAAGAGGAAGGGAGAAAGUCGUCGGCACGAGCUAUGCUUUGGGCCAGGUGCGGAAGAAAUUGGUCUUGGUACCGGACUGGACCAAACUGUACGAUUGA